AAGUUAAAAUACUAACAACCAAAAACCACUAACUGAUUCUCUCAAUCAAGGUUUGUUGGCGUAAACUUUCUCUUGUCAAAACACGAAAAUCGAAACAUCACCAACCAAAGCAGGCUGCGGGAAAGCCAUUCCGGUGUGCGCGGAAUCGAUCAAGCAAAUAGGGUAACCAACUGUAAAUUAUAUCUGAUUGUGCUAUGAAAAAAAAACCUAUGAAUCUCAUACUUAAUCCAAUAAGUUCGAAAGAAUGCAAACUGCAGAGGACAAUUGUGUAUAUUUCAGAAAACAGAAGGAAAACAACAAACUAAGAAAUGUGAUGCGUAAGAUGCAAACAAACAAAAUCUGAUAACAGAAAGCAUUAGAAGUUAGGAAUCAAACCAAAAGAAAGAGGGAAGCAAAGGUAAUAAAGGCAACGUACGGUCGAUUGUUUGUUUGACUGGGAUGAUGAUGAAGGAUGUGGAAUGAAAUCGAGACACAGUUUCCUUUCCAAUGGUGCGCGCGGUGCUACAAACUACCACAUGGAACAACUCACAGAAGAGGAAAGGAAUCCAACACAAGAGGAGAAGUUAGAACAGCAACAGCAACAGUGUAAAAUUGAAUACCAUGUUUUGUAAAGAUAAGUAUUAUUGUUCUCUAAUGAUGAUGAUGAUCAUGAUGGAAGGAUGACAAAAAUAUACAUUUGAGACAUACACACGCCAUGAGAAAAAUGAAAACCGUGAACUUUUAUUCCUUUCGUGUCAAACAAAGCAGGCGAGUUUCGCUUGCGCUAGAUUGUCAGUUGAUACUCGGAUGGUAAACAGUGAACACGUGCUCCGCAUAGAACCACGUGAUGAAUUUCAUGAAAAGUCGUAUCGAUCGGCCGGUGGAGCCACUUCCCAAGCCACAAGUUUUUCGGCACAUUGAUCUUCGACCCAGUGGUAGUCGUACCGCCAGCAAAAGCAUUCACAACACGCUAAAUGAAACGGUGGCAGCCAACGAACCCUACCCGAUCUGUGCCGUGGCCGAGGGUCGUGGCCAUGCGACGCUCGAGAUCGGCUUGGCGGGCAUCGACAUUGCGGCGCCGGUGCUGCAAAUGUCCCAGUUUAGUGACAACUUUUGGUACUCGAACAUCCUAACCUCGCUGCAGGCGCUGAAUCCCGUCAUGGUAUUCUUCAGCGAUCACUCCCUGAAUACUCGUGCCUCCAAUCUGCCGAACUUGAUAAGGCAGAUUCUGCCCAACGUCCAGAUCCUGGGUUUACCCAGGAGUUUUUACAACGACAGUUUCGCUAUGAAGCACAUGGAUAGCCUUUGCUGUUCAGCGUUUCAAACCUUGAAGGACACGCUUCGGGCCAAGUACUACGGGCUGGCAGCAGUCGGCGCACUGAUUCGGCACUGCUUCGAGAGCAAUCUGCUGCGGCUGGCUCCCAAGUCGCUGCAGUUUUGCUACUUGAGCAAACGGCAAACCAUGGCCAUCGACGUGGAGUGCAUUGGACACCUGGAGCUGAUCUACUCGCUGCACAAAGCGAAUGAAAAGCAUUCACUGUAUCGGCUGAUGAAUCACUGCAUUACGAGCGUAGGGAAGAGACAUUUGAGGGCGAAUUUGUUGGAACCUAGUAGUAGUAGGGAGGUGCUGGAAUCUAGACUGGCUUGCUUGGAUGAAAUGUUGGAGAAGCAGGAUCUGCUCUGUGGAAUACAGCGGAUUCUGAGGGACUUGGUGGAUAUCGGGGGAUUGAUGAAGCUGGCAGUGGAUGUUGACAACACGAGAACUACAAAGCAAAACACAAUACACGUAUUGAACCAGGCCAAAACAUUACGAAACGCUUUGCGAAGUGUUCCGGAGCUGAAGUCACUGCUGGAAGGCGCACGAUGCACAAUCUUGCAGGAAGCCAAAGAAACCGUAGCAAACGAGUUGUACAAGCAGCUGUACGACCAAAUAUGUACUGUACUGGAUGUGGAAAUUGGAAACGCACAUGUUUCCGAUUAUCAUCGAUUGUUCCUGGUGAAAUCUAAGGUGUCCUCGACACUGGACGUCCUUCGUAGUUUGUAUUCGGAAGUAAUCGAUGAGAUUCGAGAAUACGUGGCGAACCUCACACAAGAGUUCCGAAUGUUGCUCAAAAUGACCUAUACCAAAUCGUUGGGAUUCCAUAUGCAAGUCGCGUUCAAGGAUGCCGGACCUUCGAUUCCAAGGGUAUUCAAAUUGCUCAACCGUUCCGGACAACGAUAUUGUCUGACGACCGGACAACUGCAGGCCUUCAAUGAAAGAAUAAGCGGAAUCGUCAAGGAAAUCGAGAUGGUUAGCUUCAGUGUUAUCAAGCAGCUUAUCGAGGAUAUCAGAGAACACGUAGAAUCUAUCUACGCAUUGGUAGCCAACAUAACUGAUCUGGAUGUGCUGCAGUCGUUGGCCGUCGUCAGUCAGGAUAAGGACUUUUGUCGGCCUACAUUUGGACGAUCCACAAAGAUCGUGGCUGCCCGGCAUCCGUUGCUUGAAGCUUACGGCGAAAUAGAGAAAGUUGUGAAAAAUAACAUUAUUGCAACUCCCGAGUACAACGUGUUCAUUGUGACAGGGCCCAACAUGAGCGGAAAAACGGUCUACAUGAAGACGAUAAGCCUCUUGCAGAUCAUGGCACAGCUGGGUUGUUACGUGCCGGCAGCCAGGGCAGAGUUCCGAAUCGCUGAUCGACUGAUGGUUGUAUUCGGAGCGGCGGAGAACAUAGAACACGAUCUUUCGAACUCUUCAAGAAUGUCCCGCAAGUUGGAAGUCAUCGCCCACAGUUUGACGGUCAACAGCUUGGUAGUGAUUGACGAACUAUUCGGUGACACACAGUCACCGGACAUAAGUGGAUCCAGAUGGAAACUGCUGGAAAGAAUCGUGGGUUUUGUUGGAUUUCAAGCUGGAGCUGCUUGUGAAAGUCUCGCAGCGGUAGAAAGGCCAUUCGUAUAUCUGACGACACACUGUCAUGACAUUCUACGGCCAUUGGAGCACAUGCAUAACGUUUCCCGCCUGUGUCUUCAAACGGAAGUCUUGGAUGUCGAUGGAUUCGAACGUCUACGCUUCAAAUACACAGUGGCGGAAGGGAAAACUAAUGUCAAGAACUAUGGUAUCUCCCUUGCAAGGUGCGUACGCAUUCCGGAGACUGUAAUCUCUCGCGCCGAGGAAAUCAACGAAGAUCUCAAGAACCGCACAAUCGGUGGACGUUUUACGCACAACACAACGACCUGGAAUGGAUCUUUUUCAACGCAGGCUAACAUCCACCAUUUCGACAAACGUCUGUACGACUUGUACGCGCAGCUAGCUCUACUGCUAUCGGAAUCCGACGGAGAGGACAUGGGAGCAUUAGGACUUCAGAUCAACGAACUGUUGGAGAGAUUCGUUGGUGCGCUACCCAGUGAUGUGGUGAAUUACCUGAAAGAGACUCCUUUGGAGACACUGCUGACGGCGAAGAACCACACUGUGAACGUGAACGCUGACUUGACAAUGCCAAGCAUUAGCGAAGGUAUUGCUGGCGAAAGUGAAGCGGCAGCUACUGACGGAAGCGAACCGUUUGAAAUCGAUGAAACGAUUUUGAUCGGGGAGGAUUCGGAAGAACUUUAGAUAACGAUGUUUUUAGUUUCUAUGAUUUCAUUCAUUCAUUUAAUAUUAUUAGAUAAUGUAUAAAACGCACAACGACAAUACAUUGAAUAUAUUCAUCAUACCAUAGUAAUGUCACUUAGCAACCAUUGUCAAUAUCACCGCCUCCUUAGGAUCUAAAAGCUCCCGUUGACAUCGUGUAUCUUGUUA